AUGUCGACACGACCGCCCACACCCGGACUCCUCAGUCGCGUAUGGUUCCAAUGGAAAUCCAUAAGACUACCGUGGAGGAACAAAUGGCUCGUCGGCUCGGAUCUCUCGGGAAACACCUUCUGGGAAUUCAAGGACGCACUCAACGCGAACCGUCUGCGGCGCAUCGUACAUUACAAUCCGAAGGCCCACUUUGGAGACAUUCAGAUCACACCGCAAUGGCACCAAUGGCUACGGCAUACGCGGCUGGAUGCGCCGUCGAUCAACGAACAGCAACUGGACGAGGUGCGGCAAGCGCAGAUUAAGAAGCUGGCGGCGGCGGCGGACGCGAGAUGGGAGGCGCAGGAAUCGUUUCUCGUCGCGCCUGAAGGGCAGGGGCAAAGCAAUGUCCCAGAUAUACGAUCCACGCCGGCUGGAAUAGCUUCGAGGACGGUCAAGCAGAAGGACAGCGGUUUGAAAGGCGGUCCGGAGUCGACUCCGGCCAGAGCAGUUGAAGGACAGUCACCGCGGCAGCCCGGUUCAACAUCACAAACAGGGAAUCAGAGCACCGAACAACCGGGGGGUUGGACUCCGAAAUCGACAAGUCGAUAG